AUGAAUUAAAAUACUUAAGCAACAGAAUAAUUAGUGCAUGCUGGAAAAUGGUUAAAUUUCAAACUUCUAUUUUAUAAAAUUAAAGAAAAAUAAAAAGUUUGGGAAUAUACAGAGAAACCUUAAGGAUAUAGAGGAGGAGUAAGAGUUAUACCAAUAGUAAAAUAUAUGAAUAAAUCUAAUUCAAUAAUAAUAGUUGCUAAUUUCAGACCUCCUAUACGUAAAUAUUGUUUGGAAUUUCCUGGAGGAUUAAUUGAUAAAGAAGGAACUCAACUUGAAAAUGGAAUAAGAGAAUUAAAAGAAGAAACAGGUUACACUGCCACAUUAAGCUAAUGUCAUCAUAAUUAAAUUAUCACAAAAGUUGAUCCUUGGAAAUCGAAUGAAUAUUGUUACAAUUUCAUAGUUGAUAUAGAUGGAGAUUCUGAACUAAAUUAACAUUAAUAAUAAAAUUUAGAUUUUGAUGAAAAUAUUAAGGUGUAUGAAUUAUCUAUGGGUAAGAAUCUGGUCGAUGAAUUGUUAUAAUUAUAAAAAGAAAAAGAUUAUGAGAUUUCUGGAUAAGUUUGGUAUUUUGCAUUAGGUUAAUAAUUUACAAAUAUAUGA